UAUGUAUGAAUAUACACACACAUCACGCAGUGAGUUGCAAGUCAGAGAAUCUAAUUGAAACCAGAAAAAAAAGGAUGUCUGCAUCAAUCACACUCUUCACUAUUGCAUACUGUUUUUCCCCCUUUUUAUUUGUCUUGCUUCCAAACCUUAUUUUAUUAACUUCUCCAAUCUGGGCUGACGCCUUUGAAAUUCAUUUGCCUCUUCAUCUCCCAUUUCUUUUAAUUCACCGCAAUUUGCUUCUUUUGCAUAUGCCCUUUUAGUACCACCACAAUAAAUUAGGUAUUGUUUCCCCAGCAAUCAAGAAUCACCGCAGAUUUGGUUGAUCCAUGCGCAAUUUUGAAUGAAGAAAUUAAUUGCUGUUUUCCCAUAAAUGGAUUUGGGGUUGGCUUGUAAAAGUGAAAAAUGGCAACUUUAAUCCCCGGGGUUUUGCUAAAGCUACUUCAGCACGUGAACACGGACGUCAAGGUCGCCGGGGAGCACCGCUCUUCGCUGCUGCAGGUCGUCAGCAUCGUCCCUGCGCUCGCCGCCGGCGAGCUCUUCCCCAAUCAAGGGUUUUACCUUAAGGUAUCCGACUCCUCACACGCUGCUUACGUGUCUUUGCCUGAUGAGCAUGAUGAUCUAAUUCUUAGCGAUAAGAUUCAAUUGGGUCAGUUUGUUCAUGUUGAGAGGCUCGAGGCCGCCUCCCCUGUGCCCAUUCUGAGAGGCGUUAGGCCGGUGCCGGGCCGCCACCCGUGUGUAGGAACCCCUGAGGAUAUAGCUGCCACUCACUCUUUAGGAUUCUUGAACAAUGAUGGCAAUCCAUCCCCUCCUUCUAGAUCAACAGAUAAGAGUAGAUCAGAGCACAACUUUUUGGGCAAUGUAGGGAAAUUGAAUCCUUCGCCAUUGAGUGCUGGUUUGAAGGAGGAUAAGAGGGCUCGUGGAUUGGCUCGAUCCAAGUCUCAGCUGUCGAAGCUUUCUUUGUCUGUGGAUAUGAAGAGGGAGCGUGUUGGUGGUAAGUUGAAGUCCUCGGUGUCAAGGUCGAUACCCUCGUCUCCAACUAGCUGCUACUCGCUGCCGACGUCUUUUGAGAAGUUCUCUAGUGGUGUUAGGAAUCAUGCGAAGAUCAAGGGGCUGGAGAGGUUGGAGAAGGAAAGUGGUGUUUUGGGGUCGAAGGAAAAGCCUAGCCCUCUUCGUGGGGCAUAUUCGAGUGGGAAGAAGGUCUCUAGUGGGAACUUGAUGAAGAAUAUCGUUCAAGGACUUGAAUUGGGGCCGAAAGUAUUGAGAAAAAGCUGGGAAGGGAAUAUGGAUGCCAAGAGUAGGGAGAGCCCCAGAUUGAAAGUUUACAGGCAGGAAAUUAGGCCAGAUGUAAGAAGUAACUCAGCACCAAGAAAAUCAGUGAGCGAGAGAUCACCAUCUAAAGAAGACAGCAAGCCUUCAAAAUCUACCAAAGAUGAAAGCAACGUUAAUGCAUCUGUCAAGAAGGCUUCUGUCAAUGGGGAUGUACCUGGUGCUGUUAAGGCAUCUGCACGAAUUUCUAUGGGAAAGAAUUUAUCUUUAGAAGUUGCUAAGAAUGGACUGCCAGGAAAUUUGGUCAAGGUUUCUGUUAGUAAUCGGCGACUGACAGAUGCAAAUGUUUCGUGGGCCUCACUGCCAUCUUCUCUUGCAAAGCUUGGGAAGGAAGUCUUGAAGCACAGGGAUUCAGCUCAGACUGCUGCUGUAGAAGCAAUGCAAGAGGCUUCAAUUGCUGAGACUCUGCUUCAAUGUUUAAGCACAUAUUCUGAGUUGAGUUUGUCUGCCAAAGAAGAUAGCCCACAGCCUGCAGUGGAGCAGUUUUUACAUCUGCAUACACGGCUGAGCAAAGCGCACCUUUUUGCAGAUUCUUUAUCGAAAAUUCUCUCUCACGAUCCAGAUAACGAAGAAAGUCCACCUGAAGAGGCAUUAAAGGUGACUUCAGAUGGGCAUAAACAAGCUGUAUCUUGGGUUAAUGCUGCAUUAGCUACCAAUUUGGCUUCCUUCACGGUGUACAGAAAACCAGGCAGCCUCAGCCCGGUUGCAUCAUCGGCUCCCUCUCCAAUUUCAAAGACAAGUACAGGUAACCAACCUGUAAUAGUCCUUGAAACCUCUGCUAAGAAUACAUCAGCAGCUCCAAAGGCACUUUCAAAACCCAGGCAGACAUCAAAUUCCAAGAAUGCUUUAGCUGGGGCUCUGCGCAAGCCGAAUGACGGGGUGGCUGUCGUUCAGAGCAUGAGAAGUUCGCCUGCGAUAGAGUGGGCUAAAGGAGAUGGCCUUGAUGAGGCUGCAGAGCUCUCUGAGAAGCUGCAGUUGGAGUCCCAAGAUUGGUUCUUGGGAUUUGUGGAGAGAUUCUUGGAUUAUGAUGUGGACACGUCGGCUUUGUCAGAUAAUGGUCAGAUAGCUGGAAUGUUGAGUCAGCUGAAGAGUGUUAAUGACUGGUUAGAUGAAAUAGGAUCAAGUAAGGAGGAAGAGACGAUUGAUCGGAUACGAAAGAAGAUAUAUGAGUGUCUCCUGACACAUGUGGAGUCUGCAGCAGCGGCACACAACUCUCCAACAAAAGAAGAAGCAAAAGGAAGAAGGUGAUAUCAAACAAAGAAAAUAUGUGUAAUUCAUCUCCUAUUCUACUGCUAAGCAGUUAGGCACAUAUCAUAUAUUUAAUGUGUAUAUAAUUUUUAGCAAUGGGUUACCGAUCGAGAAAUGCAAGUCGAAGUGAAGCAGCCAUUUAUAUGA